AUGAACACAAUCUCGGCACCCCCACAAAUAAAACGUCUCUCAGGCCCAAAACGCUUCUUCGGCAUCCUCGUAGGCAUAACCGGUGGCCUAGGCGCCAAUGCCCUCUUGGCUUACAGCGUAUCCUCUUUCUACACGCGCAACACGAAAUUCGUCCCUUACGAUACCUCAUCCCCCGAUCUCACCGCCACCGUCUUCCGCGCGCAUAAUCCCCACGGAAACCCACCAGGCUGCAUAGAUCAUGCGAUAAAGCAGAUUCCAUAUGGCAAGCUUCCGGAGAAGUACUGGGUCAAAGGUAGUGGCGGAAGGAUAUCUGUGGAUCAAUCGGCUUUGACGACAGAUUUCUGUAGGGGAAUAUGGAGUGGUGUUGCGUUUAGAGUGCAGAGGAGGUUUUUAGAGAGGAAAUAUCGGGCGUUGGAGGGGAGAGAGAAGCAGCUUUGGGAUGUCAAGGAGUUGGAAAAGAGUGACUAUAAGGUUGGGACUGCUAUUGUGGAUCAUUUCGAGGUUAUGGAGCAUACCGAUGAUAAGGUCAUCGUGCGAUGCGGCGAUUCACCACUCGUUUCCGAUCGCCGACCCUCCGACGGUCUUUUCUCGAUGGAGGUCUCGAAAGACGACGAAGCGCAGUUGGCUACCUUCCACCUCAAGUCAGUUUUCGUAGACACAACGCCAGAGGGCAAGAACGGACAACCGCAACCCGCUUCCAUCCAGUGGUUACAUAGGCUAUACACGAAGCUCUGGAUGGAGAGUGCGACGCGGAAGUUGAUCAAGGAGGCAUAG